CAAUCUUUAAAGAAUCAGCGUCAAGAAAGAUUAAAUAUCAAAUUUUAUUAAUUUUUUGUGAAGGAUAAUAUAAAGGAAGUACAAAAAACAUUGAGAUUACGACAAAAAUUGAAAAAUAAAAAUUUUCAUGCUUUGGACAUAUUAGAAAGUAUCAUAAAUUUUUGAUACUCUAAUCAAUUGUUCCUCGCAUAAUAAUAAACUUAUCGACAACAAAAGGAAAACAUUCAAAAUGUCUAAUGACUCAAAAGCGCCCAUACGCACUGUUAAAAGAGUGCAAUUCGGCAUUCUGUCACCUGAUGAAAUACGUCGAAUGUCAGUCACAGAAGGUGGAAUUCUAUUUCCCGAAACAAUGGAAGGAGGAAGACCUAAAUUAGGAGGUCUUAUGGAUCCAAGACAAGGUGUUAUUGACAGAAAUUCAAGAUGCCAAACUUGUGCUGGAAAUUUAACAGAAUGUCCUGGACAUUUUGGUCACAUCGACUUAGCGAAGCCUGUAUUUCAUGUUGGAUUCUUAACAAAAUCAAUUAAAAUCCUACGAUGCGUCUGUUUCUACUGCUCAAAGCUUCUCGUUAGUCCACACAAUCCAAAAAUCAAGGAAGUUAUUAUAAAAUCAAAGGGACAGCCAAGAAAGAGAUUAGCUUAUGUCUAUGAUUUAUGUAAAGGCAAGAAUAUUUGUGAGGGUGGUGAAGAUAUGGAUUUAACAAAAGAUGGACAGCCACAACCAAUGGAUCCUAAUAAGAAAAUGGGACAUGGAGGUUGUGGUAAUCAUCAGCCAUCAAUUCGUAGAUCUGGUCUUGAAUUAUCAGCAGAAUGGAAGCAUUUAAAUGAAGAAACACAAGAAAAGAAGAUUCCAUUGACUGCUGAACGAGUUUUGGAAAUUUUUAGACACAUUACAGACGAAGAAUGUUAUAUUCUUGGUAUGGAUCCAAAAUUCGCUCGUCCUGAUUGGAUGAUUGUUAGUGUUAUGGCAGUUCCACCAUUAGCAGUACGUCCAUCAGUUGUUAUGUUUGGAGCAACAAAGAAUCAGGACGAUUUGACACAUAAACUUGCUGAUGUUAUUAAAGCAAAUAAUGAAUUAAAGAAGAAUGAAUCUUCUGGUGCUGCUGCUCAUGUAAUUAAUGAAAAUAUUAAGAUGCUUCAGUUCCAUGUUGCUACAUUUGUAGACAAUGACAUGCCUGGAAUGCCUAGAGCUAUGCAGAAAUCAGGAAAACCAUUGAAAGCUAUUAAAGCACGUUUGAAGGGUAAAGAAGGACGUAUUCGUGGUAAUUUGAUGGGAAAACGUGUCGAUUUCUCAGCACGUACUGUCAUUACACCAGAUCCAAAUUUACGUAUAGAUCAAGUCGGAGUUCCACGUUCAAUUGCACAAAAUUUAACUUUCCCAGAACUUGUCACGCCAUUUAACAUUGAUCGAAUGCAGGAUCUUGUUAGACGUGGUAAUUCACAAUAUCCUGGAGCUAAAUAUAUUAUUCGAGACAAUGGAGAAAGAAUUGAUUUACGUUUCCAUCCAAAACCAAGUGAUUUACAUCUUCAAUGCGGAUAUAAAGUCGAACGUCAUUUAAGAGAUGAUGAUUUAGUCAUUUUCAAUCGUCAACCAACUUUGCACAAAAUGAGUAUGAUGGGUCACAGAGUCAAGGUUCUACCUUGGUCUACUUUUCGAAUGAAUUUGAGUUGUACGUCUCCUUACAAUGCUGAUUUUGAUGGUGACGAAAUGAACUUGCAUGUUCCACAAUCGAUGGAAACUCGUGCUGAAGUUGAAAACAUUCACAUUACACCUAGACAGAUUAUCACACCUCAAGCUAAUAAGCCUGUUAUGGGUAUUGUACAGGAUACACUUACAGCUGUUCGUAAAAUGACAAAACGUGAUGUUUUUGUUGACAAAGAACAAAUGAUGAAUAUUUUAAUGUUUUUGCCAACUUGGGACGGUAAAAUGCCACAACCAGCAAUUAUAAAACCAAAACCUUUAUGGACAGGAAAGCAAAUUUUCUCAUUGAUUAUUCCUGGUAAUGUAAAUUUGAUUCGUACGCAUUCAACACAUCCUGAUGAUGAAGAUGAUGGUCCAUAUAAGUGGAUUUCAUUAGGAGAUACAAAAGUUAUGGUAGAACAUGGAGAAUUGUUAAUGGGAAUUUUAUGUAAAAAGACACUUGGAGCAUCUGCUGGUUCCUUAUUGCAUAUUAUCUUUUUGGAACUUGGACAUGAAAUUGCUGGAAGAUUCUAUGGUAAUAUUCAGACUGUCGUUAAUAAUUGGUUGCUUUUGGAAGGUCAUAGUAUUGGAAUUGGUGACACAAUUGCUGAUCCUCAAACAUAUCAAGAAAUUCAGAAGACAAUUCGUAAAGCCAAAGAGGAUGUCAUAGGAGUUAUUCAGAAAGCUCACAAUAUGGAAUUGGAACCAACACCCGGUAAUACAUUGCGUCAGACUUUCGAGAAUCAAGUAAAUCGUAUUUUGAACGAUGCUCGUGACAAAACUGGUGGAUCUGCUAAGAAAUCGCUUACUGAAUAUAAUAAUCUUAAAGCUAUGGUCGUUUCCGGUUCAAAAGGUUCAAAUAUUAAUAUCUCACAGGUUAUUGCUUGUGUCGGACAACAAAACGUUGAAGGUAAACGAAUUCCUUUUGGUUUUCGUAAACGAACCUUGCCCCAUUUCAUUAAAGACGAUUACGGUCCUGAAUCUCGUGGUUUCGUCGAGAAUUCAUACCUUGCUGGACUUACUCCUUCAGAAUUUUAUUUCCAUGCUAUGGGAGGUCGUGAAGGUCUUAUUGAUACUGCUGUAAAAACAGCUGAAACUGGAUAUAUUCAGCGUCGUUUGAUCAAAGCUAUGGAGUCUGUAAUGGUUCAUUAUGAUGGAACUGUAAGAAAUUCUGUUGGACAACUUAUUCAAUUGCGUUACGGCGAGGAUGGUCUUUGUGGUGAAACUGUCGAGUUUCAGUCACUUCCAACUGUCAAAUUAUCAAAUAAAGUUUUCGAAAAGAAAUUCAAAUUUGAUGUCUCAAAUGAACGACACAUGAAAAAGCUAUUCUCAGAAGAUGUUGUGAAACAAUUUACAGAAUCUGGCUUAGUUAUUCAAGAAUUGGAAAGUGAAUAUGAACAAUUAAUGAAGGAUCGACAGACAUUAAGAGAAAUUUUCCCAAGUGGUGAAAAUAAAGUCGUAUUGCCGUGUAAUCUUAACAGAAUGAUUUGGAAUGUCCAGAAGAUUUUCCACAUCAAUAAACGUGCACCGACUGACUUAAAUCCAAUUCAUGUGAUUAAAGGCGUUCGUGACUUGCUUGGCAAAUGUAAUAUUGUGGCUGGAAAUGAUAGGCUGUCAAAACAGGCUAAUGAGAAUGCAACAUUAUUGUUCCAAUGUCUUGUUCGGUCGACAUUAUGUACAAAACUUGUAGCUGAAGACCACAGACUUAAUACAGAAGCUUUUGAGUGGUUGAUUGGAGAAAUUGAAACUCGUUUCCAACAAGCUCAAGCUAAUCCUGGUGAGAUGGUUGGAGCUUUAGCUGCUCAGUCACUUGGAGAACCUGCUACUCAGAUGACGCUCAAUACUUUCCAUUUUGCUGGAGUAUCGUCAAAGAACGUAACAUUGGGUGUACCACGUUUAAAGGAAAUUAUUAAUAUUUCAAAGAAACCUAAAGCUCCAUCUCUAACUGUCUUUUUAACUGGUGGUGCUGCUCGAGAUGCAGAAAAGGCAAAGAAUGUUUUGUGUCGAUUAGAACAUACAACAUUACGUAAAGUAACAGCAAAUACAGCUAUCUAUUAUGAUCCAGAUCCACAAAGGACAGUCAUUCAAGAAGAUCAAGAGUUUGUAAACAUUUAUUAUGAAAUGCCUGAUUUUGAUCCAACAAAAAUUUCUCCAUGGCUUUUGCGUAUUGAACUCGAUCGUAAGCGUAUGACAGAUAAGAAAUUGACUAUGGAACAGAUUGCUGAAAAGAUUAAUGCUGGAUUUGGUGAUGAUUUAAAUUGUAUUUUCAAUGACGAUAAUUCUGACAAAUUGGUAUUGCGUAUUCGAAUUAUGAAUAAAGGCGAUAAUAAAUUUGGAAUGGAUGGUGAAGAGGAUAUGGAGAAAAUGGAAGAAGAUAUGUUCCUUAGAUGUAUUGAGUCUAAUAUGCUGUCAGAAUUGACCUUACAAGGUAUUGAAGCUAUUGGGAAAGUAUACAUGCAUUUGCCACAAACGGAUUCAAAGAAGAGAAUCGUUAUUACUGAAAAUGGUGAAUUUAAAGCUAUUGGAGAAUGGCUGCUUGAAACUGAUGGUACAUCAUUAAUGAAAGUUCUUAGUGAACGUGAUGUAGAUCCAGUGAGAACAUACAGUAACGACAUUUGUGAAAUAUUUAGUGUAUUAGGUAUUGAAGCUGUUCGUAAGUCUGUUGAGAAAGAAAUGAAUGCUGUAUUGCAGUUCUACGGUCUUUACGUAAAUUAUCGUCAUUUGGCUUUGUUGUGUGACGUCAUGACAGCUAAAGGACAUUUGAUGGCUAUUACACGUCACGGUAUCAAUCGACAAGAUACUGGUGCACUUAUGAGAUGUUCUUUUGAGGAAACUGUUGAUGUUUUGAUGGAUGCAGCAAGUCAUGCUGAAGUAGAUCCAAUGAGAGGUGUCUCUGAGAAUAUUAUUAUGGGUCAAUUACCACGUAUGGGAACUGGAUGUUUUGAUCUUUUACUUGAUGCUGAAAAAUGUAAAGAUGGAAUGGAAAUUCCACAUUCAAGUAUGGGAACUGGAAUGUUCUUUGGACCAGGACAAGCAAGUCCUUCAAUGAGCCCAGCUAUGACUCCAUGGCAAAGUGGUACUCCUGCGUACGGGGCAGAAUGGUCUCCAGGAAGUGGUCAAAGUGGAAUGACACCAGGAGGUCCAAGUUUCUCACCAAGUGCUCAAUCUGAAGCUGGAAUGUCACCAAGUUGGUCACCGAAUCCAGGCAGUCCAGGAAGUCCAGGCGGUGGAAUGUCACCAUAUUUCAAUCAAAGCUCUCCUGCUCAAUCUCCAUCAUAUUCGCCAUCAAGUCCUAAUUAUUUGGCUUCUGCAUCUCCAUCUUAUAGCCCAACAAGUCCUUCAUAUAGUCCAACUUCGACUAUUUACAGCCCUACAUCUCCUCACUAUUCACCGACAUCUCCAAAUUACAAUCCAACAUCCCCGUUAUACUCUCCAAACUCGUCUUAUUCGCCUUCGUCACCAUCUUACUCACCAACGAGUCCAAAAUAUCAGGCAAGCCCAAGCUAUACAGCUCCUUCAUACUCUCCAACGAGUCCUUAUUCGCCGACGAGUCCAUCUUACAGCCCUACAUCGCCUUCUUAUAGCCCAACAAGUCCAUCUUAUUCACCUUCUUCUCCAAGCUAUAAUCGAUCACCGAUUCCAACACCUUCAUACAGUCCCUCAUCACCGAAUUAUACUCCUACAACACCUUCAUACAGCCCAAGUUCUCCUCAAUAUCCAACGCAUUAUUCACCAAGUUCACCAAGCUAUUCUCCGUCGUCGACAAAAUAUUCUCCAAACUCUCCAAGUUAUUCUCCCACGAGUCCAUCGCAUUGUGCUUCUCCACAAUAUACACCGACAAGUCCACAGACUUUCUAUUCGCCAGUAUCACCAAAUUAUCCAAGUUCUCCUGGCGGUGCUGCUUAUUCUCCAACUUAUUCGCCAGGUUCUAGAUAUUCACCAUCAUCACCUGUCUAUGAGGAGAAUAAUCAACCUGUUUACUCACCAUCUAGUUCUUAUUCACCAGCAAGCCCAUCAUAUAGCAAGCAUGAUGAUCAGUAAAAUGUUAGAAAUUAGAAUAUGACAGACAAACUAUAAUGUCGAUUACUUUUUAUCCGUUUCGUUUGAUUAAGUAAGCAUAAGAACUAUCAAGAAAAUAAAUUAAUUAAUUUUUAAUAGAUUGAUUGACAUGAAAAAGAUAUUUUGAGGAUAUAAGAUGCGAGGAGAUUCACAUGAAAUAAAGUGCAUUUCUCGAGAAAACAAAAUAUUUGCAUGACUCAAUUCUUAUGAAAUAUCAACAGUUUACUCGGAAGUGCAUCUGAG